AUGGCUUCUUCCAAAACCGCUGUGUUGAUGCUUUUGGUUGCACUGUUGCUGAGUUCCGCCGUUGCUAGAUCAUCCCCCAAGUCUUCUCCGUUUCCAUCACCUGCUAUUUCUCCCUCCGCUGACUCACCAGUGGCGUCUCCUCCGGUACCUCUGAAUACACCAACGCCUGCGAUUUCUCCCUCCGCUAACUCAAUGGCAUCUAUAUCUGCUCCCGUACCUGUGAAGAGCAGUCCUUCUCCUUCACCGUCUGCCAUCAACUCUCCACCAUCUCCUCCUCAUGCUUCCCCAGCAGCCGCUCCUGCCAUUACUCCAUCGGCGAUCUCUACCCCUCCAUCUAAAGCACCAUCAACAUUCACAAACGCUGGCACCGCUUUGAACAGAUUUACAGUUGCCGGAUCUGCUGCUGUCGUGGUUUUCACGGCUGCUUUGAUGAUGUAG